AUGCAGCGCAGCAAAAGGGGGCCCCUCCUGGGUUGGGUCCAUGUGUCCUUUGCUGCAGCAGCAGCUCCCGCGGCUGCUGCAGUCUUUGCUGCUCCAAUGGAGGCCUCCAGGGGGCCCCCCGAGGGGCCCCCGGGGGCCCCCAGGGGGCCCCCCUUCAGUCCCCAGCUGCUGCAACUCUGGGGGCCCCCCAAGGGGGCCCCCAAGGGGGCCCCCCAGGGGGCCCCCCGGGGGGGCCCCCGGGGGGCCCCCCAGGGUCGCCUUUUAGCCCGCAGGGCUCUUCUGGGGGCCCCCGGCGGGCCUGCGGGGCCCCCGGCGCCGCGAGCCAGGCCCCCAACAGCAGCAGCAGCAGCAGCAGCAGCAGCAGCAGCAGCAGCAGGGAACGGGGUGGCGGCUUUGCGGGACAACAGCAGCAGCACUUUUUGGCAGUCCGAGGGUUUGUCUCCGCACGCGGUGUCUCUACAGUUCAACAAGGAGUUGCGAAUUGCCCGAGUGGACAUUUUGUUGAAUUUGCAUUUGGACGAAAGUUACACUCCCAAGAGAGUCCAAAUCAAACUCGGGUCUUGCCCCGCAACUUUGCGCGUAGUGAGAGAUGUGGAGUUCGCUGCAGCAGAUGAGCAAAACUGCUGGUGGGGAAUUGAACUCAACGCAGUGCAUGCACUCAAGGUUAGGGUUUACGGCCCCAUGGAAGACUGCGACGAACGAGAAGGAGCGCCUCCGGCGGCCUUUGCCCCCGAGAUGUCCUCAAUGCCAAACGACGCGGUGUACGCGCUGUCGCUCGCCCACGAAGGUGUCGAUACACCCCAGCCCAGCUACAGGGGAAGAGAAGCACAAAUGAGCAGCAGCAGCAGCAGCAGCAGCAGCAGCAGCAGCAGCAGACACUGGAGCCAGGACUUUCUUGCUGCUCUAACUACUACUCAAACCACUCUCCUCUAG